AAUGAUAGGGACUCGAGGCCGGGUAGGAUAUACCAUCGUAGAGCAAACAUUUGAUACAAGUAGAUUUGACACAUUCAAGUUCGUCAGAGUAGUAGAUAGCUGUGCUGCCACCUUCUUGAUCAGGCCAACAGUUGUGUAUGGCUGUGUCACCAGGAAUAGCAAAGAUGCUUGCAGCAUCAUGUUUAAGCCAGGUUUCAGUCAGAAAGCAUUCAAGAAAAAGCAGCUAUGUUACAAGCAAGUGCCACGCAACAUGGCAACACAGACCAUUACAGACAUCAUCAUCCUGAGUCGCUCCAAGGUCGCACCUGAAGGGUUCUCGCUCGUUGGGGAGAUGAAUGGUUUGUGUGUGUGUAUAAAACCUGGUCCUGCACCCACUCCACAGUAUAAUAAGCCUCCUGCCCAGGCUUCAUCACCACUUCUCUAUGGUACUACUACAGCUUCACCUUGGAACAAGAUAUUGUGCAGCGGCCCACUACCACAUGAGAAGCAUCACGACUAGUUUACCUCCAUCAUAUUUCCGCGCUUUUCAUUUAUACUUUUAUUUCCUAGUUUCAUAUGUAGCAUUUAUUCACUCACAAAACCUUAAAGACAGUCCUUAUUUUCUUGUUUUAAUUGUUUUUAUUUUUUAAAUUUUAUUUUCUCUCGGGUACUCCAAGACAUACUUGCUCUCGUGUACUUGGUAGAUGAAGGGACACAACUGCCAGUCACCAUAGCUGUUGAGCAGUUGCCUUUCAGGCUGAUGUUGCAAGUCCUGUAAUGGACAUGAAAGACAAAAGUGGUAGGUGGUGCAAUCAUCAUUAGAUUGUUGCCAAAACCUUGGUAGAUGGCAAGAUUAAGAUGAAUACUUAAGACAUGUACAGUAAAAUAUUUAGAGGAAUAAAAUAUUAAUUUCUAAACAAACCUUGUUAUUAGAAAAUCAUUUAUAUUACACUCAUAGUUAUAAAAAGUAAUAAGUUGUGGUGGUAUUAUUAGACCAUCAUCCAGACUGUAUGCCUUAUUUUUCAUGCUUAUUCAUUCUAGUUAUAACAGUUGUUUCAUCCAGGUAAUAUAACAUAUAGUUUUAAACCUUGUGAUGCUUUAAUCUAAGGUCUGAAGGUUUGUAAGGCUUGUGUAAUGUAAAGCUUCUGAAGGGUUGUGGUACAAUUAUUUGGAAUAUAAUUUUUUCAAAUGG